AUGCAUUAUUACAGAUAUUCUAAUGCUGAAGUCAGCUGCUGGUACAAGUAUCUCCUUUUCAGCUACAACAUUGUCUUCUGGUUAGCUGGAGUGGUUUUUCUUGCAGUUGGACUCUGGGCAUGGAGUGAGAAGGGGGUACUCUCAGACCUGACCAAAGUGACCCGUCUCCAUGGCGUGGAUCCUGUCGUGUUGGUGCUGAUUGUGGGAGUGGUGAUGUUCACGCUGGGCUUUGCUGGUUGUGUGGGAGCCCUGAGGGAAAACAUCUGCCUCCUGAAGUUCUUCUGUGGGGCUAUUGUGCUGAUAUUUUUCCUGGAGCUGGCAGUAGCGAUGUUGGCCUUCCUGUUCCAAGACUGGGUGAGAGACAGGUUCAGGGAGUUCUUCGAGAUCAAUAUCAAGUCUUACCGAGAUGACAUCGAUCUGCAGAACCUCAUUGACUCCCUGCAGAAAGCUAACCAGUGCUGUGGGGCUUAUGGCCCUGAAGACUGGGACCUUAAUGUUUACUUUAACUGCAGUGGAGAAAGUUAUAGCCGAGAGAAAUGUGGUGUCCCAUUUUCUUGCUGUGUACCAGAUCCUGCACAAAAAGUUGUGAACACACAGUGUGGAUAUGAUGUCAGGACUAUGACAAAGAACAAAUGGGACGAAUCGAUCUUUACGAAAGGCUGUAUCCCUGCCCUGGAGGGCUGGCUGCCUCGGAACAUUUACAUUGUGGCAGGGAUCUUCAUCGCCAUCUCCUUACUCCAGAUAUUUGGCAUCUUCCUGGCCAGGACCCUGAUUUCGGACAUUGAGGCCGUGAAGGCUGGCCAUCACUUCUGAAGAUAAAAGCCCAACUCCAGCUGUGAAAGUGAAUCCAUUUCUUUGUCAUUAACUGCAUCAGGAUGGAAAGAAAUUUGACAAGCUGGCCUCAGAGUUCUGGGCUACUGCCUCUCCACCACCCCGCUCCAAAGCAAGCCUUCCUUCGGACAUCAGUUGGAUAUGAAUUCUGUUUCUGCUUCAUGCUGGUACAGAAGGAAGAAGCCAAGCUCACAAGUCUUGGAGACCACCAGUGCUUCCUUUGUGUGGUGCUCAGGACCGGGUGGAGGGUGGGUGUUGUGACCUAGAAGCCGAGAACUGACCUGUAAGUGGCAAAGAGUGAUACGAAAUACCGGAGGAAGACUAAGGAACUUUGGCAAGCCCAAGUUGGGGCACAUUUAAGAGUCCACUCAGUGUCAAUGUUUGCAGAUAUCACUGUCUUAGAGCCUCGCUUUCUUGGCUCCCAGUUAUUAUAAUCUGAAUUUCUCCUUUGCUUCACCGGUGCUUACCUUGGUGGGUAGAGAAAACCUAGCAUUGGGAAGACAAAAAUACAUAGAGAUGUCUCUCUUCUGUCUCAAUGAUGCCCAUUGUGUAGAAGUUGAAUUGUUUCCUGUUUUUCUAAAGGGAAGCUGAGGAAAUGAGAGAGAGAGAGAGAGAGAG